UUUCUUUCCCUUGUCUUUCUUUCUUUGUCUCUGAAGCAGUCGAAUGUGCCUUUUUCUCCCUCCCUUCUUGCCCACCUUUUUCCAAAGCAGACGGAAAUAUCAAAGCAUCUCAAUCACCGGCCUUCUUUCUCCCUAACUACUUCAAAGCAGAAAAGCCCAUUUUCCCUCACCGAAAAAUCCCCACCAAAAUCCCAUUUCUCCUACUUCUAUCUGGGUGACGUGAUGAAGCGGCAUGGGUCGGCAUUUUGGGAGCAAGUACGAGCUCGGGGAGGAGGUUGGGAGAGGCCAUAUUGGUUAUACUUGCUCAGCAAAGUUCAAGAAAAGGGAACUCAAAGGACAAGAAGUUGUUGUUAAGGUUAUACCCAAAGCGAAGGAAAUGAGGGGUCCUUUAGGGGCAAUCAUAGGGAGGUACCCAUCAAGUGAUAGGAGUACCCAACUGGGAGGAAUCAUAAGGCACAACAGGAAAUGCAGAGAUGUUGCAUUUCUUGUUAUCUUUAUAGCAUUUUGGGUUGUUAUGAUUGUUAACUCUAGCUUUGGGUUCAACCAAGGAAACCCCAAAAGUGAUUGGGUUUUGUGGAAUCAACUCUUAAAGCGAGAAACAGGACUAGGGUGGAAUCAUGAAAAAGGCACAAUUGAUGCUACUCCUCAACGAUGGGCUAAAUUGAAAGCGGAGAACAAAGAAUAUAGUAAAUUUGAGCAUCAUGGAUUAGAAAACACAGUGGAGUUGCAUCAAAUGUUUGACAGAAUAGUAGUCACCGGUGAAACUGCAUGGACUCUAGCUGCUGGGCCGAUUCCUCUAGUACAACAGAAUGUGGGGUUUGAAGAUGCUGUUGAUUUGGAAGAAGGAAGUGGUGAUUCUGAUGAGGUGAAUGUCAUCCCAACACAAACUGGUGGAAGUAGUGAAAAAAGAAGGAAAAACACAAUUGGUCCUUCACUUACCAACAAAGGGAAGAAAGUGAAAGUAGGGGGUGCAGCAUACAUGCAGAGACAAUUGAAUCAUCUUUGUGAUGCAGUUGAAAGUUAUACCACAACUACUUUGAGUGAUUCAUCAAAGAAGAAUUAUGAAGCACAUCCUGAUAGCACUAAAGAAUGUAUGGAGAUGUUGUUAACUUUACUUGGAGUUGAAGGUGGUAAUGAGCUUUUUAUGUUAGCAAGAGUUGGAAAGGGACAAGAUAAGAUUUGAGAUGGAGAGGGAGAGAUUCAGUGGUAGAAGGCAUUACUAGGAUGUUUAUAUUUGAGUUUUUAGUAUUAAGACAUUCGUAAUGCUUGUAUUUGAAAUACAAAACUGUUUUCUUUUUUAUUUGUAUUUUCAUUGUAUGUUCAUUGUAUGUGGACUAAUGUUAUGAAUUUAUGUCUUUUUCAUAAUUUUUUUGCUUAGAAAUUGGACUAAUGAUUUAUAGUUCAAAUAAGGAUUCCAUAUUAAU